AUGGCUACAUCACUUUCUUGUGUUGUCAUUGGUUGUUCCAAUAACUCAACCAAACUUAAAAAGUGGAAAAAAGCUAUUUGUGAAAUUCAUAAAUGUUCAAGAGAAGAUUCUAAUUGUUGCUGUUCUGAACCAUUUAAACUUAUUCUUUUUCCUACUGAAAAAAAAGACCCAGACCGUCGAUCUGUUUGGAAAAAAUUGAUAAAUCGAGUAAAUUCAGACAAAUCUCAAUGGGAAGAUACUAAGUACAGUAGAGUUUGUUCACAACAUUUUAUUAUUGAAAAAUAUGAAUUUCCUUCAGAGCUAUUGGGAUACAAUGCAUUAAAUAAAAUAAGACAAUUGGUUCCUUCUGUUUCAUCUAAUUAUAAUCGACCAAUAAAUAAACGAAAUAACAACAUGCUUUCUGAUUCAUUUUCAACAAAAACCGCCACUAUAUCCGCCUCUACUCGUAAAACUGCAUCUAACACUACUUUCAAAACUGAAAUCCGAGCAAAUAAUAGCGAAAACACUCUGAUAAUGCAAGAUAAAGUUUUACCUGUCUUUUCAUCAGAAAUACUGACAGACGAUCUUGUUACUCUAGCAUCAAAAAAGUUGUUUAACAAAUUGCAUGACUUUAUUAGCCCUUAUGUUAAAAAACGAUUAAAUUCUGUUCCUGUUAAAAGAACUGUCAGUGGAACACUAAAAAAAGUUGGACGUGCAAGAAAAUUAUGUUCACAAGAUGAGUUUCUGCUGACUUUAAUGAAACUUCGAUUAGGAUUAUUUAACAAAGAUCUUGCUAGUCAGGUUUGUAAGCAUCUAAUAUUUGUACCAGACCUUGGCACAUUAAAUGCAACAAGCCCUUUACGAUUUAAAAAAUAUAACAACUUGGCAGCUAUUAUUGACUGUUCCGAAAUUUUCAUACAAACCCCAAGAAAUUUGGAAUUGCAAAGUGUUACUUGGUCUGAGUAUAAACACCACAAUACUUUAAAGUUUUUAAUAAGUGUUGCUCCUAAUUCUUUUAUUGUUUAUAUAUCAGAAGCUUAUACUGGUCGCAUAUCAGACAAAGCAUUAACUAUGGAUUGUGGUUUUCUUGAUUUAUUAUCUCCUUUUUCUAUAGUUAUGGCAGACAAAGGGUUUAAUUUGCAUGAUGAAUGCACUGCUCGACAUUUAUUUUUUACUGUACCACCUGGUCGGCGAGUAACAUCACAAAUGACACCUUUUGAAGUUAAGAAAACAAGUUCAAUUGCUAAAAUUAGAAUUCUUGUUGAACAAAUUAUUGAAAGAUUAAAAACAUUUCGUCUUAUAAGUAAAGAAUUGCCACUGACUUUACUUCCACAUGCAAAUGAUAUUUUAAUAGUUUGUGCAGCAAUCACAAACAUGUCCAACCCUUUGUACAAAGACUGA